CAGAUCACAUCUCUCCAUACAUCGCAACAAUACAUGGUUUGUAGAACAAAUCAUCCCCAUCCUCAGCAUUCAUUCAUAGCCUUGGCCUUAGCUAUCUUAGAGAUCUUAGUCUAAACCAUCCCAUCCUCAACAUUAUUUCACAACCAUGGCCUGGCUACAUAUAAUCUCGAGAGUUUUUAGUCCAAAUCAUCCCCCAUAUCCUCAAAACAAAUUCACAACCAUGGCCUAGCUACUAUAAUGUCCAUGAGUUUCUAGUUUUUAAUUAGUAUUGUUAAUUUGUUGGAGAGUUUGCUGUGUUUGAUCAAGGAGAUCAAGGAGGACGGCCAUGGAACUGGACAUGUAUAACAUGGUGGUGCAGGCGGACGGCAGCGUCACAUACCAGCUGACCGACCCAACAACGUGGGGCGCGUGGGCACACGAGGGGCAUCGGCUGUGGGCGUCCAUGUCGGAGGAUUUCUGGCUGUACGAGUACAAGGUGCGACGGUGCCCGCAGCCGUACAGCCACGACUGGACGGCAUGCCCGUACGCGCACAAGGGCGAGCGUGCCCGCCGCCGUGACCCGCGCCGCUUCAACUACGUCGCCAUCUCCUGCCCGGAGUAUCGCGCCAAUGCGCACGCGCACGCGCAGCUCGGGCUCGCCGGCGCCGGUCACCCGCCGCCGACCUGCGCGCGAGGGCUCAGGUGCCGCUACGCGCACGGCGUCUUCGAGUUGUGGCUGCACCCGUCCCGGUUCCGCACGCGCAAGUGCGAGGCAGGCACGCGCUGCCAACGCCGGAUCUGCUUCUUCGCGCACUUCACCCGUGAGCUCAGGGGCGAGGACCCGGUCGCCGCGUUCGCUGCCGCCGCGGUGCCGCCUUCGACCUUCGCCAUGCUGCGGACGCCGCCCCGCAUCUUCCAACGCGCUCCAUCCACUCCUGUGACGCGUCCGCGGGUUGUUUCAACUCCACAGCUGUUCGAUGACCUCACCCUGCAGGCCACUCCAAACAGGCUUCGCAUGCUGAGCCUAUACUCUGCCAUCACCGGGGACGAUGUUUUCUGCUCCCCCGUCGCCACUGCUGCCACCACCAUGCCGACCCUCAGGGCGCCCUUACCGGCAAACGAGGACGGGCAGGAGGAGGACACUAAAUCCGUCCAGUACGCGGAUGACGAAGAGUCCCUGCUGAACGACUACCCGCACCGAGAUCUCAUCAUGGACUUUAUGCGCUAGGUAUCCGAGGUAUGACAAUGAAUUAAUCUCUAGCCGGCCGGCCAGGUCGAUCCUGGAGCUAGUGUCACUGCACGCGUGACGGCUGCUGCAGCACAUGCAUGCGUGCCUGUUGUGUCUGUGCGUGCCUGCAGUAUUUAUAGUAGAUUGCAUGUCGCGCAUGAGCGCCAGGUGGCGGUGGUCGGUCCUCAAGAACGUGCCCCCCAUGUGUAUAGCAUUCCUGGUCAUAAAUAAGUGUCGUCUCUAUAGGGAGAUAUAUAUCUGAUGGAGAUGUACAAUGCCAUUGUUAAUUAUUAUAUUGUUAUGUUGAUGUUUUAUCA